AUGAUUGUGUAAUGUCAAAAUAUUUGUGAUUCUAGAACUUCGUUCUUGGCUGUGUUUGUCUAAAUUUCCUCAAAAAAAAAUGUCAAAAUCCAAAAUUGCCGUUUACUUCUUCACCAAUGGUCAACCGUUUAAACCGCCGCACAAGGUUAUGAUCGACCGUCGGAAACUGGAGGAGAACCAAGUGGUCGAGCGGAUAAAUCGGCUCCAUUACUACAAUGGUUACGUUGUCUAUACUCUGUUCGGUGAAGUGCUGCGGUCGAUUCAAGAAAUUCACGAUGAUUCGGCGUUCGUGGCAGUGCCUCGUGAUCAGUGCUUCCAGCCGGGACCAUACGUCAAAGUGUUCCGGCAGUAUAUAAACGAGAAACUUCCUGCUAUAGCGACAGGCAAGAAGGCGGACAAAAAGAAGAAACCUAUCACAAAACCCUUGGGUAGCAGCUAUGGUUGCAAAGCACCCGCCCCAAGAAUGGCCAAGGAAGUGCGUUUCUGUCCCGGAUGUCGCCACGUAGCGAUUGACACCCGUUGCAAAGACUUUGGCGCCAAAGGACCCCGUGGAAAACAGGAUACAUGUGCUUGCAAUAGAACCGACCCCCACGGAGAAUGUGUCCCCAUGCCGGUAAGACCAAAAGUUAAGCCCAGGCGGAAGAAGAAGAGCGGAGGUUUGAGCAGUUGCUGCGGCAAGAAGGAAGAAAAGCGAGAAGCCCCGAUGGUACGUAUGAGGAAGCGAGAUAUCGAGGCGAUGGAGCAAGCGAGGGCCAAGAAAGAGCAAAGACCGAAAAGCAAACAAGGAACAACUUGCUGCGGGAAGAAACCCACCCGUGAGGAACAGUACAAGAAGCAACGCGAAAAGAUGAUCAAGCAACGGGAGAAACGCAUCAAGCAAGAGGAGAAACAGCGAGUAAAACAGCAGAAGGCGUUGCAAGCGCGUAUCAGGCGUCGCAGGGCGAGACGCCGUUGUUUGGCUUGUUGUUGCCCGUGCUGCGUCAAGAAACCGGAACCGAUAUGGCGACAACCGACGCCACACAAUUGCGUAGAGCAUUUGAAGCUGGCCAGGGAUCACGCAAUACGACGUCGCAGAGCUUUGCAAAUUCCUGAACAAACCUCGUGGGAGAGUAUCACGUUCCCACCGCGGUUCAAGAAGAAGAUACGUGGCACACAAACCACCAAAGAAGACAUGAAAGCUGCCCGGAAAGCGUCCGGUAAGGGUUGGAGUUGCUUUGGCGGUGGCAAAAAGAAACCGGCGGUUGACGAGGAAAAUGAAGAGCCGGCGUAGAGAAGUUUUAUCGAACAUUGUUUUGUAAAAUAAACUACAUUCGACUUCCCA